GCACGAGCGCGCAGUCGUUGUCAGGGACGGGGUACAGCUGGGAAAAACACAUACGCACGCACACACACACACCCGUCUCUCUCUCGCACGCACAUAAGGCAAAAACAAAAGGAGACAAGGCGCUACUAAUGCUGGCACCGCGGAGCAAGAAAGCGUGAGCAUGCAGCGCGGAGUAGGGGCUGCAGCAGACCUUUGUUUGUUUCCUGGAAACCCUGGAGCGCGAGGGAAUAAAAUGGAGUGGUAGGGACUCCGAGGCGCGAGAGGCGCGUCCACCUGCUGCUAGACAGUCCGGGCUCGUGAGAGAGGGGAAACAUGGUGAGACCACUGCAUUGAAGAGGAUAAAAACAAAACAUAUGACAACAUUCCACGCGGCUGACGAUCAAACGGAGUCCGAAGAGCGGGCGGGACGUGCGGCCCGGGUGUAACGGGAGAUUGGACAGUGGUGAUUAUGUUAGAGAGAGAGAUAUUCAGUUCAGAUUGAUGGAUGUUCUACAGGAGUCCCGAUUCUCAGGGGCAGAUCACAGCCCCUGCCCAAGAGAUACUAGUGAAAAUGAGCCACAUGACACUUUGGCAGAUGUGUCACAUGAUCUAAGGCGCUGUGAUGACAUUGAGCCUGCUGUGCUAUCCUUGCCCUCAUUUUGUGACCAGAAUCAGACCACUGAAGGACCUCUUAGCCCAGCUGAUCUGCAUGAUGGGUCUAUCUCCAACACCACCUCACUGUCCUCUCUCUCUUCAUUCUCUUCACUUUCAUCCCUCUCAUCUCUUUCUUCUGUGCCCUGUUCCAAACCUGUGACGCCCUGGUCUGUGCCGCAGACCUGUGACAGGUCAUUGCUCUCUAACAUGGACUCCAGGGGUGGAGAAUGCCUUAGCUGUCUGAUCCCCAAAAACCAGACAGAAUCAGAAUCAUGUGAUUCUGUGCUAAACUUUGCCAGCAUCAACUUGCAAUGCAUUGGCCCCACCCCCAUCACAGGUAGCUAUGGUGACCAAGUUCUAUCUGAUCAGCUGCUCAGUGGCCCUGCCCAGCCAGAUGGAACCAAUGAGGGGGCUGAGGAGGGGAGGUCAAUGCAGGAGAGCGAAUCAGAUGACGAUCCUGCAUCCAGGAGCAUAUACGAAGGUCUUGGUGAGGAGGCACAGGACUGGAGCUGUCUAGAGACUCUCAUCAGUGAAAGCCGUAUGGAGCUGUUGGAUUUAUGCUCCCGCAGUGAACUUGCAGUCAAUCUGUUCUGUGAGGAGGACGUGGAGAAUUACAUGUUUCAAGAGGAGGAAACAGCACUCAGUGGGGAUGUCUGCUCACUCAAAAUACGCUAUGAGUCCUAUCAGGAUGGAGUACAUGAGAGGAGUGAUUCUGCCCUACAAAAUGAAUCUCAGCUAGGUUUCUUUCCAAGCUUACCUUGCAGUAGAAAAGAGGGGGCAAAAGAGAAACCAGACCAACCAGUUGAGAUUAAAGCGGAUGACCAUGUGAUCCCCAAUAUUAGCCAAGACAGUAACUUUCUGUUUGACCUCUGUAACUCUCCGGAAGAUUCCGGUGAAUUCAGUGAUGACAGCUCUUGCACGGGCUCCCCGGACCAUGGCCUCUCCCUCCGCCAUGGCCGCCUGUCUCGAGAAAAUUCUAGCUCCUCCAGCCAGUUAAGCUAUCGCCUUCGAGCCAAGAGGAAGGUGGCCUACAGAGAAGACUACCUGUAUGAUGUGGAUUCUAUAGAAAGUGAAAGAAAUGCAGAGAAAUGUGAAAAACAGCCUGCUGGGCUCAAGAAAGAGCGUGAUGACGACUGGAGCCCAAAGAAGAGGCGGCGGUCCAAUCGGAAAGAGCCUCCUGUAAUUAUAAAAUACAUCAUCAUUAAUCGUUUUAAAGGCCAGAGGCACAUGAGAGUGAGGCUGGGGCAGGUUGAUCCAUCACCUGCUGUGGUCAGUCUGAGUCCAAAUGCCCUGCUGCACUAUGAGAAACUUGCACCACUAAAAGCCUACUGGCAAAAAAGGGAACAGGAACAGCAGGAGAAGAAUAGAUUGACAGCUACAGAAAGAACCAAACGUCUCAAUGGCUGCAAAAGACCGCCAAGGACUAUGCCCAAACGUAAGCACAGGAUGGCCAGACUCAGAAUCCAGCAGAUCCAUGCAGUAGAGAAUUCCGUCACCAGCCAAACUAUAGUGGUCCCUGCCAACAAUCAGCUACAAGGGACUGAAUCACUAUACAGCACAGAGAAACCAAAAGAGGAGAUUACCUCCAUUACAUACAAUGUCAGGGCUAAAAGCAGAACACAGGAGAGAGAGGAAAGGAGAAAGGCAGGUAAAACAGGGAAGAUAAAGAAAUUCAAAAGUGAAGCAAGGCUUAGGUUGAAAAAGCUAAUAGAGGCUGAGACACAGGAAGUCCCUGAAGCCUCUGAUAUUGAGAUGUGUAGCCCAUGUUUACCAGAAAACCUUAGUAACUCCCUAGAAGGUAAUGCUGUCACAAAUGAGACCUCCAGUAAUGACUCUGAAAAAUGCACUUUGACCCCAACUGCUCCGGGGACUGAUGGCAAUACAGAAGUCCUCCCAGGGGGAUACCUGCAGACUCUUCUGGAAGCCUCCGAGUCAUCCAGCAGUGCUAACAUCACCUGUUUCCAUCCAGGGCAGCAGAAUGCCACACUGCAGCCUAUCCAGAGCUGCGUUCUCUCUCCCCCCUCUGAAUCUGAGUUCCCCCACUCUCCUCCAUCUAUAAACCAUGGGCCACACCACACACACUAUGCUGAGCCCAACCUCAAUGAACCAAACCAGCCCAUUUCGUGGCCAUCACAACCGCCUGUUGAACUGCUGCCCUUCUCCCCAGAUGUCCCAACCCAGUCACCUGUUAUGCCAUCAGGCUUUCCCACACCAUUGCAUGUGUUAGCAGGGGAUGGCACAACUGUGACAGGGUAUGGACAAGUGUCUCUAUCGGGCUGCAGGGUUUCAUAUGAAGAUUCUAAACCUGAUGCCGAUUACGGUUUGAGUCCACCUGGGUCUCGGAGCAAUAACAGUUUAGGACGGCUGGUUAGCUUUAACUCCCUGGGGUCACUAUCUGCCACCUCUAGCAACUACAGCUCACUCAGCCUAAGAGAGGGAGAAAGGGAGCGGGAGGAGGAGAUUGGUGAGAUCAACGAUGGCUUCCUAUCACAUUGCAGCCCACGGCUCAUCCUCCAGCAAAGUCUUGAAGAGGUUGCUCCACUUCGAGAGUCCACUGACCUCUUGGAUAUUUCCAACUUUACCCCCGAUAAAUUCCGGCAUUCAUCAUUAUCUGAGAUGUCCCCACCAGACACACCCAACUCUUCCCCACAGCUGCUGGGAAAUUGUGGGAAAGCCGGAGAAUUCUCAGAGGCAGGAGAAUCAAAUGCACAGUGGAGCUGUGGAGUUGUCCCGCAGCUUGAUCAAGAUGGAACAGGAAAUGCACGUCUCCUUCAAAUACACCCUUUCAAAACAGAUGAGGAAGAAGUGAGGCUUGGGGAUCACAAAGUUUCAAUGAAAAAGAGUGGGAAAAAUGGACAAGGAACAAAAAAGGCCAAAACCGCUAAAACAGUGAAAGGAGAGAAAGUGAAGCUACCAUGUCAGGGCUCUCGUUCUGUGCGGAAGAUCAAAGCUUUGCUGGAGGGAAAAGUAGCCAAAAGUCGGGGAGGGUCAGGGAGUGGUGCUUCAUCCCCCACCCUGUCACUUGGCUUGAUGGGACCUCAGGGGGAGUGGCAUAACACUGGGGGACUGUCCAACGAUGACCAACGAGAAUUCCAGGAACCAUCAAACAUCCUGUCCAAUAUAGUGUCUGGAAUGGCUGAAGUACAGCGCUUCAUGAGGGCCUCUGCAGAACCUCUUUGGGGGCCUUGCCUGUCACCAGGUCAACAUGCCCUCCAGAGCCAGACACUUAAGAUUCUGGGUAGUGCCGCUGACCUUAAAAAACGGGGUGGAGCCUCAGGCGGAGGAAGAGGGAAAAAAGGAGCUGGACGUGGUGGAAAAACACUGCCUAAACUUCUCCCACCAGGCUUCUUUUCUCCUCUUGGACUGGACUGCCUUCCACUUUCACACCGUCCAGCACACAAAAAAAUGUACCGUCACAAAAGCAGCGCUAAGUUUGCCCGUGAGGAACUGUUAGCAGGAAAAAGGGACAUAAAAGGAGUAGCAUUGACUGCUUUGGUAGAGAAACGGAGCUAUAACACUGUAUGUGUUAAAUCAGUGUCACAGCACCAUCGUUUAAACCGUGCCCAGCGUCCUGCUCUGUCUCUCACCAAAUGGUUGCCUUCUGUUCAGGGGUCAAAAGUCAUGUGUAUUAUUCUGUGCUAAGAAUUGCUUUCCCCUUGUAACUGUGCCAACCCCUCAGAACAUUGGGCUUUGACAUUCUAAAAGAAAGAGGAAUUCUUGAACAGGAUGCUCUUGUUUUCUGAGGUUCCAAAAUGUACCAGUGUCAAAUGAGAUUUUAUCAUUAUUGUUAUUUGUUUAAAAGUUGUGAAAGGGAAGGUUUAUUCAUCUGAUCUCCAGUGAAUCUCCUCCUGCCAGUAUCAAAAUGCUGUUGUACACAAACAUAUGCACUAUUUACAAAAUAAGAUUAUAUAAAACAUGUUUAAAUUAACGUGCCAAACUAUGAACAAUUAAUUGUACAGACAUUUUUAUCUACAUAAGUAUUUGCGGUUUUAUAAUGUGGCAGUGAUUGAAAAGCGUAUGUGUGCUUGGGGGAAGGGGGCAAGUUAAGAUUAGAGGCAUGAAGUGAGAGAUUCAUGAACAUAAUUGCAGGGAGGGAGUUUAAGAACCAUAAUGGCAAAGAAAAAAAAAUGGUAGCUUUUCAUUCUGAUUAAUUUCUGGAUGGUUAAAGAUCAUUGUAGGUGUAACACAAAGACAACAAAAAGGAAUCAAUCCUGCAGAUUACAAUACAUUACAUAAAGCAUUUUAACUUGUUUGCGUCCCAAGCUUCUAAUUUAGCUCAGUAGCUCUCCUAUGUUCUUCAAAUGAAUUUUAUGCCAUUAAAACCAGUUUAAGACAGGACCAAAUAUUUUUUGAAAGUUUUUCUAAUUUGUUGCUAGUGAUGUGCAUGCAUUUAAAAACAUGAUAUGAAAAUGUGUUGUGAAUGCUGAUCCCCGUAUUAUUACUUUCUCUGACUCGCCUGUUUUUUCUUUCCUGAUUUUAAAACCAUAAUUUUCCAAUUGCCGUUGAAAUGUUAUUUGUUGUGUGUGUGUAUAUAUAUAUAUAUAUAUAUAUAUAAAAAGAAAAGAUGCCACUGUGGUUAACCCCUGUUCUGUUUAUUUAAUUUCUGCAGGAUCUUUUUUUUCUUUUUUUUUUUUUUUUAUACAACUUCCUGAAUCCGCUCUUUUGAGAAUAUCUCAGAAGGAAGGAGGUUUCUUUUGCUCUUGCACUGACUUGGAAUGUGAAACACUUCUGAGUUGGUGAACAGUACAUGCAAUUGAUGACAGCGUUUAAGUUUAAGAAAUUUUACACCUUUUUCUAGUUUAGCAGGUAUUUGUACAACACUCUACACAUUUGGUUCUAUUAUUAGAACAACUUUUCUAUGAAAAGACAUUCCACAGCUGGUGGUGUGAUUCACAAGUGACAAGCUCUAAAAACCUCUCGAUUUUUGGGGAACGAAUUAGAGCUUUCCCAGCCUCAUCAAGCAAAAGACCAGGAAAAAUUAUUCAGAAAAUAUUUUAAGUUUAUGUUGUCUAAGAGAUUUUUUUGUCCCUGCUGAGCGAAUGGAGAUGUAACACAGUUGGUUCAGGUCCGUUGACUCUGGAAACCCAACUGCAUUACCAUCUCUCAUUCCCACAGCUGCCCAUCUCACCAAACAAACUCAAGCCACUCUCAGUGCUGCCCCCUGCCGUUCUGUUUUAAUAUAGCACUGCUGUUGCUAAACCUGCAGGACAUCUGUGAUGUCAGUGCAGGGAGAUCCUGUUCAAAUUUGUAGAACAGAGUUGAAAUUAUUAUAGCACAAGUACCCUGCACUAACUGAAGGUGUUCAUAUUUUUUAAAAGUUCUAAAAAAUUGUUAUUCCCCUAUAAGUGCAUCAUGUGAAUUUUGAACAAGCAUAUCAAAAACUUAAUUGUGCCCUAUUUAUGAAUGUAUUGUAAUGUCAUGUUGGAAGUAUUUUAUUUUAUUUUUUUUUUUUUUUUUUACUACAUUACUUGUAACUACUUUUGCCUUUUGCUCAUCAUCAAGGUAAAAAGAAACUGUUUGUACUGCCUGCUCAGUCUUAGCCAGGUGGAUUAUCAAUGAUCUGUUGAUGUAGGAAAAAAAUGACCUGUAUAUUUUUCAUUGUGCCAAUUUGUAACAUAUUUUCUAAGUGUAUAUUUUUCUUAGAAAGUGAUGUGAGGUCGUUCUUACUGUAGCUUCUGUUUUUUCCCUUUUUAGCAAGUGAAAAGGUUGCUAAUUGCCAUGAUCUUUUUUUUCUUCUCUUAUUUGUUUUUGUUUGUUUGUUUUAAAACCAAAAAUUUAAAAUACUAAAAUAAAAAUAAUAAAAAUAAAAAAACUAUUGUAAAGGAGAGAAAAGGAGAGCAAGCUGUGACUCUAUAUUGAGAGUUUUUGUAAUUGGACCAAUCUUGAUGUAAGAGUGUUGUGCUCUAGUAAAAUAUAUAUUAAUUUAAAGAUAAAAAGAAACCAUGAAAACAGACAGUGGAACAAUUACACUAAUUUGUGAUCUCAUUGCUGUUUUAUAGAUUUUCAUGUAAAUUAUUCUAGUAUUUUGUUUUGUUGUAUCUGUCACAAAAGUUUAAAUAUUUGUGAUCAAGCCUGUAUGGUGACAAAUGUAAUAUUGGUAACUUGCUGAGUUUUGUAAUCAUGUUUAUCGAAUAAAUAUUAAUUAA